AUGGUCAAGGAGACCUGGGGGAGACCCCUCUACAGUCCCUCCACACCCCUACCACCGACCUAUGGACCACAAGGCCGGAGCCUGCAAUGGAAGGGGUCUUCCAGGCAGGGGACAGCUCUGCACCAUCCCUGGUUGUCUCAGGCUCCUCUGAGAGGGAGACAUCCUCUCAGCCAGGUAACUGACAAGUCAUGUCAGAGGGCCUCCGCUGUGCAGCUGCCACAGAAACAGGGGACAGAUCACAGGAGAGGACCACCAUCUGUGGCAACCAGAGCAAGGAAGAGUAUCACCACCAUUGUGCUCACCCUUGCCAUCGGCACCCAGCACCCCAAUCACGGCUAUCUGAGCCUCAGGGAACUAAAGCCCUAA